CUACGUGGCCACAUUUUUUAUCCACAAACAAUCCAAUCUCCCAUUCUUCUAAGCAACCAAAUAAAAUUCCCAAUCCACUUUCCAAUUUGGUCCUCUUUCUCUUCUUCAAGAUUCGCAAUAGGGGGGAAAAAAUGUCAGUAGCUUCUUCAUCUCCAUUCUCAUCCAUCAAGAUCCCAAAUUCUUCUUCUUCUUCAUAUUCCACUUUCACGAGAUUCUCUACAGCCAGACCCAUCACAGUAACCGUGAGGAGCUCUCAGACCGAAGGCCCAUUAAGGAGACCCGUGGCUCCUGUGAAGCCGAUCCCGCCCCGUCCGCCGCAACCCUCUCCUCCGCCGCCGGAUCAGCCGGGCUCGGCGGCUGCGGAGGGCAGGAGCGUAAUUACCAUCGAGUUCCAGAGGCAAAAGGCCAAGGAGCUGCAAGAAUAUUUCAAGCAGAGAAAGGCAGAGGAAGCCAACCAAGGCCCUUUCUUUGGUUUUAUUGGGAAGAAUGAAAUUUCCAAUGGGAGAUGGGCAAUGUUUGGCUUUGCUGUUGGGAUGUUAACAGAGUAUGCCACCGGCUCCGACUUUGUGGAUCAAGUGAAGAUUCUUCUCUCAAAUUUUGGACUACUAGACUUGGAAUGAGGCUCUGGCUUUCAACCCUCAAAGUUGAAUGUUAUGUUUUCUGCAAUAUGUGCAUUGUUUGGUGUGUAUUUUAUUGUUGUAUUCAUUCAUUUUUAGUAAAACUUGACCUGAAAACAGCUUUUUAAACUAUAAAAAGGCAUACACAUUGUACUGUCCUUUUUCUCUUUAACCUUGAAAAUUAUGGUUUUGAUGAGGGUAGUUUGGAUUUUGGAACCAAACUUAGCUUAUGGGUAUUUUUUUAGGUAAAUGACUGGGGGUUAAAUAAUUCAUUAAAUAUCCUUUUGGUCU